AUGGCAUUAUUUAUUAAGGGAAAUCAUUUCAUCAAUAUCUAUGUCGAGAAAGUUUCUGUUCUUUACAUUGAAAAUUUCUUCAUCCAAGGAAGUCUAGUUGAAAAAAGUCAUUUCCUGGCUGAAACAUUAUUUGAAAGGAAUAAAAUUGUUUUUCGAGCAAAUGUUUUAAAAAUACUUAUGGUGUUGGUAAUGUUGUCGUGUUCAAUAAUUCUAUCGAAAUUUUGGUAUUCAUUUUGGAUUAUGGGUAAUAACGUAAACUAUUUUAUACGGUGCUGUCCAAUAAUUUACGUAGAAGCUAAUGAUUAUUUUCUAAUCCUUGUUGUAAAUUUCAGUAAAUCUAAAAUUUGCAAUUUUGAAAAUUUAAUUUUGGUCGAAUUAAGAGAUUUUGAAGUAUUGUUUAAGUAUUUGAAUUCUAUGGUAGUUGUUUUACCUUCUAGGCUUUUGUUGAAUUUUUUUUAUUCUAAUGACAGUUUGUUGGCCUUUAAUAGGGUUCAGUAUGAUACUAAUUAUGAGGCUUUUAUGAGUUAUAUUUUGGUGUGGGUUCAAAUGAGUUUUUGGGCUUAUGUUGUUUUUUCUAGAUUCCUCAGAUUCCUUAAUGUGGUACCUUUUUAUGGUUAUGAGUUGGUUUUAUGGUAUAUAUACGAUAUGAUGAGCUCAAUUAAAGCAAUUCUCAAAAUAGCAUAA